AGUUAAGGCCAAGAUGUGUUAAAUGAACUAAGUUACAAGCAUUUCUGKGCUUUUUCAAGGUUAAUUAGCAGUGAUGGUCAUUUUGAAUCGAAUUGACUCCAAGUGAUAAUCAGUUGUAAAUGUAUAUCCAGUGAUUAAUGUUAGGGAACCAAAUCUGUUCCCGGGUUCCUGACAUUUUGGUAACAAAACAAUCAYACACAAAGGAAAUAACAUAACUGUCUUUUAGCAUCAAACAGAAAAAAUGUAAAACAAAUAAAUGAUGGAGAAAAUAGUUUAUUUUCUAAAAAGUGAAUGUCUUUUAUAUUUAUAUUUAGUAGAUCAACAGUGAGCAGCAGAGUGUCGUUAUAGAGGUGGAGCCUGUUCUGCUCUGUUUCAUGUUUGACAACAGGUUGUUAAAACAGAACAWAAACCUCAUCUUCACCUAGAAAUUAUAGCAGCCAGGUAGAAACCUCUGAGUGACAGAUCCUUAUUAAACUGYAAACUCCAGACCCUCCUGCCUCACAGUAAUAAACACAGCUCUCUUCCUCUAAAGUGAAUACAUAGUUUUUGUUUUCCCCAGUUUACAAGUCACACCACAGUUGUUUGUCUGCACAUAUUUUCCUCGAAAGCUGUUUUGUAUUUGAUUUAUGUGGUCAAACCAGUCAAGCUCCCCUGAGAGGCGUGUGUCUUUGUGUAACCUUAGCAAACUCGUCACUUAUUACUGUGGAGCAAAGGUAUGUGAGCUAUUGAGAAAAAGACGAUAAACCCAUUGGUGAGAACAGCAAAGUGCAAACUACAAGAAAGGUUACCAUAACAUCUACUGAUGUUCAUAAAGCAGCUAUGAGAAGCUAAACACACAUCUUUGUGUAAAAAUGAACUUAAAUGAUUAUUUCUGUUUGUUUUUAAUAAAAAAAUUUUUAAAUAGGCAUGUGGACUUUAACCCCAUGUGGUUUGAGUUGGUUACUCUGUAAUGAGGAACAAAACAGGAAGUUUCAGGAUUUCGUGAGACACAAAAAGGAGAGAGAGAGAGAGAGAGAGAGAGAGAGAGAGAGAGAGAGAGAAGAGGGUGGGACGUUUCACGAGUCAGGACUCUGAUGAGAGGUGUGGUGUAGUUUUCACAUGACUCACACACUUACAGCUUACUUUGACAAGGUGUAAUGUGUCUGACAACCAACGGAUGCACACACUUUGAAAGAGCUUUUCUGUGGAUUUCUCAGUACUGCUACAAACAGAGGUGGCACCCAGGAAACAGGCUCGUCUCAGCUCACUGCCUUACAUGCCAGUUUGCAUGAUGAAGAGGAAAACAAUGCACCUGCUCAACUAGGAUGUCACACUGGACCUGAACAGGAGAUGUGAAGAAGUAUGCUGUUGGACGUUUAUGGCUCUCUGAAGCACAAUGUUUUCCCCUGGAUGGAUCGUGUGCCUCUUACUGACUCUGUAUGRGUCGGCCUGGAGUUUGGAAAUAUCUGAAUAUGACACCAAUACAGUUGUUUGCUCACAGGGUCUUUCUGACUGCACCAUAGAAAAUGUUCUUUUUCAAGCAAAUAGCAGCUUUGAUGUUCAGAAGAUUCAACCAGGUUUUAAGCUCUGCUGUAAGGACAAACCAGCAUGCACGCUGUGUCUGGUGAUAGAGAUAGAGCUCCACAUCCCUCUGGAUAAGAAUUUGGAUGCAGAAGAUCAUUCUGGCGGUGAUGAAGACUACAAGGAGACAAUGGGUGAAAAACCUUCUGUGACUGUAUGUUACCAACCAGUGGGCUUAUCCACAUGCAAGAAGAUGGAGUUUACAGUCAAUCAUGCUGUUCUUUCUCAACACCAGAACAAGGGCUCCAUGGUGAUCACUCUGUCAGACGGGGUUAACUUCGGCAAUCAGAUAUUUGUUUUGACCAAGCCAACGCAAAAACUCGACGCACCUUCUUUAGAUGAAGUGUGUUCCCAGGAACUGUUAAAUCCUCCACUGGAAUGUCAAGAAAUUGGAGCGGACAUCCAUCCCGCUGUCUUCUGUGGCCUCMUGCUUAUGUUUCCAGGCAUGGUAUGAGGACAGUCCAAGGCGUGCUCUUAAUUGCCCCUUCAAGGACAAAGAAGUUCCACAAUAUUUGAAACAGAACAUGUGGAGCAAUUUGUCAGUGAAUGUUACCCUGAGCAAAACGAGAGAAGGGAACGCAAUGCUGUUGUGGAACCUGUCUGCCCUCUGCAGGCUGAAGGGGGAAGUGCAGCUCUGCUACAAAAGUAACUGCAAGAGAAUUAUGCACAUGCAGCAGCUCUCUGAUGGUGCAUGGAAACAGAACAGCAAGGGACUCUGGGAUCAAGAAGGAGCCUUUGAAAACAUCUCUGAAGAGUUUUCACAGUGUAUCAUGGUACACAUAGAAGAAAAGCAAUUUGGCCCAUUUUGCUCUAUUGAUUCUGGCAGGUGGCGCUGGAGCCUCCUGGCUGUCAGUGCUAUGCUCCUUGUUGCUUUGACUGUGCUCAUGAUUUAUUUCCUUCAUGACUUUGUCAAAAAAUGGGCGUGGAGCUGGCGUUAUGGAGGAUUUGUGAAGAUUGGCAGAAAGGGUCAUGUGGUGCUGCUCAGCCCCCCGGAUGAGGAUGUUGGUGUCUUAAAGUSUGUUGAUCAGCUGGGCUCCUUCCUCUGCAGCCAGGGCUUCAGUGUGUCCGUGGACCAGUGGAGCAGGAGGGAGCAGUGCUCCCAGGGACCUCUGGUGUGGCUGUACUCGCAGCUGCAGAAGAUGGACAGCACGGGCGGUCGAGUYGUGCUCCCUUUGACCCAGAAUACCUCAGAAAGAGCAGAAGAGUGGAACCGCUUGAACACAGAUGAGGAUGCAGAGAAUCCACAUMAGUUGAUGGAUCCUUACGCUGACUUGUUUACUGCAUCACUGUUUAUUAUUCACAAACUCAAAAUGCAGGGCAGAGCGGCUGAGCGCUUUGUUCUGGUGAACUUUGACACCAGCCGUAAACACAACUCUGAUAUGAAUCUACCAGAGCUGCUACGGGGUCUGCCUUUGUUCCACCUCCCCUCUCAGACUCAGUCGCUCCUCACUGAGCUGACUGUUGCAGAAACACAGACGGGUCCCAGUACAAGGACYUGGAUUAAAUGGAGGUGAAAAAAAAAACUAAAACUGAUGGAGGGAAAAGUCUAAUCUACCAUCAUUAUGGAAAUAUUUUCUGGAUUAAAGUUUGAAUGUCUCAAACACUUGUGGAGUGAAGGAAAUGUGAUGAAGAAGAGACACUUUGACUCCAGAUAUUUAAAAUAAAGAUGGACAGAAAAAUG